ACACACGCUGAGCAUGCUGGGACGUGAGUCGUGCAUCAUGGAUCCCGAGGAACAGGAGCUGCAGAAUGACUACCGUUACCGUAGUUACGCGUCAGUCAUCGAGAAGGCCCUGCGGAACUUUGAGUCAUCCAGUGAAUGGGCCGACCUCAUCUCCUCUCUGGGCAAACUCAACAAGGUACGAUCGACACAGCUGGUACAAUAUAUUGAGCUUGGAGAUCAGACAUGAAGCCACUCUAGACCAUGGUUUCUUAAAUAUUUUAUACCUGGGACCUAAAUGAGAAAUUCAGUGUUUUCCUGGGACCCAAGCUCAUGAAUGUGAUGUCACCAGGCAGACAAAAAAUGAAAAAAAAAAAAAAAUCUUAAUGAACAAGGUUUUGAAGUGUCUGUCCUAUAAAUAUUUUAUGUUUUUUUGGAACACGUAUUUAACCCCUUUUUUGGGUAGACACAAAACUACCUCCAUACCAUUCAUUUUUUAAACCGGUACCGGUUACCUUCAGACGAGUCCCGCAACACUUGUGGGGGUCGUAGAGCAAAACGGAGAACACCAUCGUGUUCAUGAGAAUCUCCCCUUUCCACAAACAGAAGUUGGCACAUCGACGGUACCGACUUCAGACCAUCGUGUUCGUGAAAAUCUAAUCUUUCCAUAGAGUUUGUAGGCCAAACCGUUCGGAUGCUACAGACAUUUUCGUGAGAAGACCAGUUUUCGGGAUGUCUCAUGGUCUGACAAACACCGCUGUAGUUCCGCCACCUUCCACCGCAGAUGCGGAAGGACGCCAUAGAUAUCUCUAGCUUAAACUGACUGAUUUUGAUGGGGAUUUUUUUGUUAUGUUAUUUAGAUUGACGCACCUGUGCAUCAAUAGACUCUAUGAUAUCUGAGUGAGAGUGACUGACCAAAUCAUUGGUGGCAUUUUCUGAGUGUAUUCGUGUCCUUACAGAGUAGAAGCUAACUGCUUAUUCUUUAGCAUUGACGAGUUAGCCAUGCUAUUGGUUUCUUGGUCAGUGUAUUGUACUUGCUGUGUGUGAGUGGCUCUCUGGCUCUGUGCCCAGUCACUACCUGCAGUCACUUAUCUGUCCUACUGGUGUUACCAUGGCUGCAUCUGGUUUUGUCUGGAUCUGGCUCCAGGAUCAUUGGACUGUGAUAUUGGCAUCCGCUAUGAAAUGGAAAAACAUUCCCACACUAUCAGAAAAUUAGCCUACAUCAGUGUUCAUUCACUUAGCCCCCAAUCAUUCAAUGGGGAGGAUGAUAGUCUAUCCCUUUUACUGAACAAUGUAUUUGCUUCUAACUAUUAAAGCUGUUAGAAGACAAUACAGUAUUCAAACUCUGAUUGCUUUUGCAGGCACUAAGUUUAACAUUUAUUGUAAACUGUUCUACUUCAGUAGCCCAGAAUACAUGGUCUAACAAGUCUCUUGCUCCACCCAAGGGGACUUUGCACGCUAGUGGGACACUGCUUGUGACACAUUUAACAAGAAGGAUGUUUGCUUAGGAGUGUUAUGGUAGAAUGACAGUGUGUGUUGUAAAGUACUUAAGUAAAAAUACUGUAAAGUACUACUUAAGUAGUUUUUGGGGGUAUCUUUACUUUACUAUUUAUAUUUUUGCCAACUUUUACUUUUACUUCACUACAUUCCUAAAGAAAAUUAUGUACUUUUUACUCCAUACAUUUUCCCUGACACCCAAAAGUACUCGUUACAUUUUGACAGGAAAAUGGUUCAAUUCACACACUUAUCAAGAGAACAUCCCUGGUCAUCCCUACUGUCUCUGAUCUGGCGGACUCACUAAACACAAAUGCUUCAUUUGUAAAUGAUGUCUGAGUGUUGGAGUGUGCCCCUGGUUAUCCGUCCCAACAUUUUCUAAAUAAUUGUGCAGUCUGGUUUGCUUAAUAUAAGGAAUUUGAAAUGGUUUAUACUUUUACUUUUGAUACUUAGUACAUUUUAGCAAUUCCAUUUACUUUUGAUACUUAAGUAUAUUUAAAACCAAAUACUUUUAGACUUUUACUCAAGUAGUAUUUUACUGGGUGACUUUCACUUGAGUCAUUUUCUAUUAAUUAAAGUAUCUUUACUUUUACUCAAGUAUGACAAUUGAGUACUUUUUCCACCUCUGUUGUUGAUAUGUGUGUGUGCAACACUUCCAGUUCCUGCUAAUCUAUUUGGUUAUGUUGACAGUGUCAGUACCUCAUGACCUUUUUUGUCAAUAGCCCAAACACAUUACACAGUAGAUACACAAUAAUUACCAAUGAAUUGCUUAUUAAUUUGGUAUUCGUUACAACACACACCACUAACAAGCACCAUUUGGCACCCCCUUCAUCAGCGCUCUCCCUCUCUCUAAUCCUCCCUCCCCAGGCCCUGCAGAGUAACCUGCGCUACUCUCUGCUGCCCAAGAGGCUGAUCAUUGGGAAGCGUCUGGCCCAGUGUCUGCACCCGGCCCUGCCCAGCGGAGUGCACCUCAAGGCCCUGGAGACCUAUGAGGUCAUCUUCAAGAUCAUCGGCACCAAAUGGCUGGCCAAGGACCUCUUCAUCUACAGGUGUGGGACUCAUGCUAACCCAUAGGAUGUGUGUGUCUGUCUGUCUGUCUGUCUGUAUUGUCUGUCUGUCCUGAGGUGUUGUAGGCCUAUUGACCUGUCAGUGUGUUCUCCUGUACUGAUGUGUGUGUGUGUGUGUGAGUUAAUGUGUUGUAUUGAUCUCUAUCUUGUUUGUGUGUGUGUGUGUGUGUGUGUGUGUGUGUGUGUGUGUGUAUGUAUGUGUUUUAGCUCGGGGCUGUUCCCGUUGCUGGGCCAUGCUGCGAUGGCAGUGAAGCCAGCCCUGUUGACGCUGUAUGAGCGCUACUACCUCCCCCUACAGAGGGCCCUACUGCCCAGCCUACAGGCCUUCAUCACUGGACUACUGCCUGGCCUGGAGGAGGGGGCUGAGGUUUAUGACAGGUACACGCUGCACACACACACACACACACACACACACACACACCUGUGUACCUAAACACAACAAAAAGUGUACAAAACAUGACAUAGACUGACCAGGUGAAUCCAGGUGAAAACUGUGAUCCCUUAUUGAUGUCACUUGUUGAAUCCACUUUAAUCAGUGUAGUUGAAGGGGAAGGAAGGAUGUUUAAGCCUCGAGACAAUUGAGACAUGGAUUGUAUAUGUGUGCCAUUGAGGGUGAAUGGACAAGGCAAAAUAUUUAAAUGCCUUUGAACGGGGUAUGAUAGUAGUUGCCAGGCGCACCGGUUUGAGAACUGCAAUGCUGCUGGGUUUUUCACACUCAACAGUUUCCUGUGGGUAUCAAGAAUGGUCCACCACCCAAAGGACAUCCAGCCAACUUGACACAACUGUGGGAAGCAUUGGAGUCAACAUGAGCCAGCAUCCCUGUGGAACGCUUUUGACACUUUGUAGAGUCCAUGCCCCGAUGAAUUGAGGGUGUUCUGAGGGCAAAGGGGGGUGCAAUUCAAUAUUAGGAAGGUGUUCCUAAUGUUUUAUACACUCAGUGUAUUUUCUUUCGCAUAGAUAAUUGCAUGAUAUUACUAAUUAUCUUCCUCUUCCUCACUUAAAAGUUUCUCCCCCUCUCCCCUCUCUUCAGGACGGAUGUGUUGCUACUGAGACUGUCUAUGUUGGUGGGCCAGCAGGUGUUCUAUGGGGCUCUGUGGGGCAGUGUGUUGGUCAGCCCUCUGGUCCGGCUGCCUGCCUCUCUCUUCAUCGUCACACACUUCGACCGCUUCACCCCCCCGCACCAGCAAACAUGCAUGCUGGGCUAUGACAACCGCCUGGUGGUGAGUUAUUGUGUUUCAGCGUGUUAAUGUGAGUGAGUGUAGGGUUGUGUCUGCAAUGUUGGAUAUGUUGUAUAACCUCUCUGUCUCUCUCUCUCUCUCUCUCUCUCUCUCUCUCUCUCUGUCUCUCUCUCUUUCUUUCUCUCUGUGUGUCUCUCUCUCUCUGUGUCUCUCCCAGGUGAAGGCGUUGUGUCUGUCUCUGCAGGACUCUAAUGUUCUGGUGCAGAGGAACAUGCUGGAGAUCCUGCUCUACUUCUUCUCCUUGGCCACCUGCCUGGUAAGUAACGUUGCCUCCUCCUAUUCCUCCUCCUCCACCACACCACCUCCUCCUCUUCCUUUUUCCUCCUCCUUCUUCUCCUCUGUCUCACCUCCUCCUCCUCUUCCUCCUCAGUCUCCUCUUCCUCACCUCCUCCUCCUUAUAUACCCUGUCCUGCUCCUCCCUUACUCCUCUUUCAUCUCCUCUUCCAACUCUUCCUUCUCUGCCUCUCUAUCUUCAUCCUCUCCCCCUCCCUUCUCCCUGUGCCCCAUGUGUAACUCUGUCCCUGUUAUUACCUCAGGACCCAACAGAAGGCAGUAUUCCUAUGACCAGGGAGGACACGAUCACAGUGGUGUCUGCUGCUUCCCUCACGCUGCUCCGCAGAGACAUGUCCCUCAACAGACGCCUCUACGCCUGGCUGCUAGGUAGUUACUGUGGAUAGACAUGCACCACGGCCAUGUUCACACACACACACACACACACAAUGAAGUUAUGGCUUUGAGUCAUAGUCUAGCAGUAGGCCUGGAUAUAGUUAACUAUGUAGCUAAUAACUUUAGUUGUAGCUAAUGUCGUUUAGGUCUACCUAAUACAUUUAUCCAUAUAGCCUCAAUUGUUUGCACCUCUCCUUUCAGAGACUAAAAUGUAUGCCUUGGUAUUAUAAGUGAAUAACUGUAUCUGUGUGUGUGUGUUGCUGUUCCCAAGGCACAGACAUUAAGGGGGGUAUGGUUGCUGCAGACCCUGACCUCUCCAUCUCCAUGGAGGAACACACAGCCUUCUACUUCAACACCCACUCCAGAGAACUCCUAGUGCAGGUCAGACACACUAGCUAACACUACUGUUGAUCAGUUACAGUAUAUAAAUCAUACUGUCACAGAUGAUUAAACCUCAUGAAGGUCUUAAAACACCUGCCCUUAAAUGUAAGUCACUCAUUCAAAUAUGAAACCAGGAAAACAAUGUGAACUUCAAUUCAGUAAAUACUCAGUGGUGUAACCGUGUGUGUGUGUGUCCUCUGUGUCUCUGUCUUUAGGCUUUGAUCAACAUCUUGAAUCAAAAGGAUGUGGAGGCGGACCCGGAGAGCGUGAUUGGUUAUCUACGACCCUUCCGCGUCAUCAUCAGCCUCAUAGAUAAGCCAGAGAUAGGUAAACACACCCCUCCCCUCCUUCAGGCCUCUUCUCUCCCACCCCUCCCCUUCUGUCUCUCUCAAUCUGUCUCAAGCCCUCUGCUGGUAAGUAGAGUGUAGUGGUGAUGCUGAUGAUGAUGGUGGUCUCUCUCAGGUCCUCUGGUGGUGGGCAGUGUGUAAUGAUGAUGUUGGUCUCUCUCAGGUCCUCUGGUGGUGGGCAGUGUGUAAUGAUGAUGUUGGUCUCUCUCAGGUCCUCUGGUGGUGGGCAGUGUGUGAUGAUGAUGAUGAUGGUGGUCUCUCUCAGGUCCUCUGGUGGUGGGCAGUGUGUAAUGAUGAUGUUGGUCUCUCUCAGAUCCUCUGGUGGUGGGCAGUGUGUAAUGAUGAUGUUGGUCUCUCUCAGGUCCUCUGGUGGUGGGCAGUGUGUAAUGAUGAUGUUGGUCUCUCUCAGAUCCUCUGGUGGUGGGCAGUGUGUAAUGAUGAUGUUGGUCUCUCUCAGGUCCUCUGGUGGUGGGCAGUGUGUGAUGAUGAUGAUGAUGUUGGUCUCUCUCAGGUCCUCUGGUGGUGGGCAGUGUGUGAUGAUGAUGAUGAUGAUGAUGAUGUUGGUCUCUCAGGUCCUCUGGUGGUGGGCAGUGUGUGAUGAUGAUGAUGAUGAUGGUGGUCUCUCUCAGGUACUCUGGUGGUGGGCAGUGUGUGAUGAUGAUGAUGAUUAUGGUGGUCUCUCUCAGGUCCUCUGGUGGUGGGCAGUGUGUUAUUGGAGGUGGUGAGAGCAUUCUACAGCUACUGCAGAGAGAUGCUGGGAGAGGAGUCUAUCACCAGCGCUGGCCUGACAGGCAACCAGCUAGCCAGGUGAGAGGAUGGGACGAGUGGAGAAUGAACUAAUAUAGAUGAAUGGUAUUUAUUGGGAAUUUUCCUAAAAAGAGAUCGACAUGAUAGUAACUGCCUAGAUGUAUUUGUGUUGUGUUGUCUGUGCAGUAAAAUAAAAGAGAACAAGAACGCAUCAGAAAUCAUAAAGACGGUGAACAUGCUGGUGAGCUCCAUGAACAGUGAGUUCCUGUGGGACUACAUGACCUGCCACUUCUGCACCUGCCUGAGGUGGGUAACACCUCUACUAACACCUACUGUACCUCCUCUAGAAUAGUCACAGAAGCUUUGCUGUUAUAAAGCAUCUUUCUCCAACUCAAAUGUAUUUUACAUUGUUUAGCUGAUCUCUCUCCUCUCUCUCUCUCUCUCUCUCUCUCUCUCCUCCUCUCUCUCUCUCUCUCUCUCUCUCUCUCUCUCUCUCUCUCUCUCUCUCUCUCUCUCUCUCUCUCUCUCUCUCUCUCUCUCUCUCUCUCUGUGUCUCCAUAGUGACCCAGCUGACCUGCCGCCGCCCCCUCUGCAGUAUCAGUGUGACUCUCCUGCUCCCUCUGUCACAGAGAUCUCCACACUCAUCAUAUUCCUACUGGACGUCAUCCCUCUGGUACACACACACACUAUUUUUCAGCUCUUUCUCGCUCGCUCUCUUUCUUUCAAGUCAAUUUAAGGGGCUUUAUUGGCAUGGGAAACAUACAGUUGAAGUCGGAAGUUUACAUACACUUAGGUUGGAGUCAUUAAAACUCGUUUUUCAACCACUCCACAAAUUUCUUGUUAACAAACUAUAGUUUUGGCAAGUCAGUUAGGACAUCUACUUUGUGCAUGACACAAGUAAUUUUUCCAACAAUUGUUUACAGACAGAUUAUUUCACUUAUAAUUCACUGUAUCACUGUGGGUCAGAAGUUUACAUACACUAAGUUGACUGUGCCUUUAAACAGCUUGGAAAAUUCCAGAAAAUGAUGUCAAGGCUUUAGAAGCUUCUGAUAGGCUAAUUGACAUCAUUUGAGUCAAUUGGAGGUGUACCUGUGGAAGUAUUUCAACGCCUACCUUCAAACUCAGUGCCUUUUUGCUUGACAUCAUGGGAAAAUCAAAAAAUAAAUCAGACAAGACCUCAGGAAAAAAUAACUGUAGACCUCCACAAGUCUGGUUCAUCCUUGGGAGCAAUUUCCAAACGCCUGAAGGUACCACGUUCAUCUGUACAAACAAUAGUACGCAAGUAUAAACACCAUGGGACCACGCAGCCGUCAUACCGCUCAGGAAGGAGACGCGUUCUGUCUUCUAGAGAUGAACGUACUUUGGUGUGAAAAAUGCAAAUCAAUCCCAGAACAACAGCAAAAGAGCUUGUGAAGAUGCUGGAGGAAACGGGUACAAAAGUAUCUAUAUCCACAGUAAAACGAGUCCUAUAUCGACAUAACCUGAAAGGCCGCUCAGCAAGGAAGAAGCCACUACUCCAAAACCGCCAUAAAAAAGACAGACUACGGUUUGCAACAGCAAAUGGGGACAAAGAUCGUACUUUUUGGAGAAAUGUCCUUUGGUCUGAUGAAACAAAAAUAGAACUGUUUGGCCAUAAUGACCAUCGUUAUGUUUGGAGGAAAAAGGGGAUAACUUGCAAGCCGAAGAACACCAUCCCAACCGUGAAGCAAGGGGGUGGCAGCAUCAUGCUGUGGGGGUGCUUUGCUGCAGGAGGGGCUGGUGCACUUCACAAAAUAGAUGGCAUCAUGAGGAAGGAAAAUGAUGUGGAUAUAUUGAAGCAACAUCUCAAGACAUCAGUCAGGAAGUUAAAGCUUGGUCGCAAAUGGGUCUUCCAAAUGGACAAUGACCCCAAGCAUACUUCCAAAAUUGUGGCAAAAUGGCUUAAGGACAACAAAGUCAAGGUAUUGGAGUGGCCAUCACAAAGCCCUGACAUCAAUCCUAUAGAACAUUUGUGGGCAGAACUGAAAAAGCAUGUGCGAGCAAGGAGGCCUACAAACCUGACUCAGUUACACCAGCUCUGUCAAGAGGAAUGGGCCAAAAUUCACCCAACUUAUUGUGGGAAGCUUGUGGAAGGCUACCCAAAACAUUUGACCCAAGUUAAACAAUUUAAAGGCAAUGCCACCAAAUACUAAUUGAGUGUAUGUAAACUUCUGACCCACUGGGAAUGUGAUGAAAGAAAUAAAAGCUGAAAUAAAUCAUUCUCUCUACUAUUAUUCAGACAUUUCACAUUCUUAAAAUAAAGUGGUGAUCCUAACUGACCUAAGACAGGGACAUUUUACUAGGAUUAAAUGUCAGGAAUUGUGAAAAACUGAGUUUAAAUGUAUUUGGCUAAGGUGUAUGUAAACUUCCGACUUCAACUGUAUAUUUACAUUGCCAAAACAAGUGAAAUAGAUAAUAAAAAAUUUACAGUAAACAUUGCACUCCAAAAUAAUAAAGACUUUUCGAGUGUCAUUAUGUCUAUAUACAGUGUUUUAAUGAUGUGCAAAUAGUUAAAGUACAAAAGGGAAUGAAAUCAACAUAAAUAUAGGUUAUAUAUACAAUGGUGUUUGUUCUUCACUGGAUGCCCUUUUCUUGUGGCAACAGGUCACAAAUCUUGCUGCUGUGAUGGCACACUGUGGUAUUUCACCCAAUAGAUAUAGGAGUUUAUCAAAAUUUGGAAUUUUUUUUUCAAUUCUUUGUGGGUCUGUGUAAUCUGAGGGAAAUAUGUGUCUCUAAUAUGGUCAUACAUUUGGCAGGAAGUUAGGAGGUGCAGCUCAGUUUCCACCUCAUUUUGUGGGCAGUGUGCACAUAGCCUGACUUCUCUUGAAGGUGGCCUUUCUCAAUAGCAAGGCUAUGCUCACUGAGUCUGUACAUAGUCAAAUAUUUCCUUAAUUUUGGGUCAGUCACAGUGGUCAGGUAUUCUGCCACUGUGUACUCUCUGUUUAGGGCCAAAUAGCAUUCUAGUUUGCUCCAUUUUUUGGUAAAUUCUUUCCAAUGUGUCAAGUAAUUCUCUUUUUGUUUUCUCAUGAUUUGGUUGGGUCUAAUUGUGUUGCUGUCCUGGGGCUCUGUGGGGUCUGUUUGUGUUUGUGAACAGAGCCCCAGGACCAGAUUGCUUAGGGGGCUCUUCUCCAGGUUAAUUUCUCUGUCGGUGAUUGCUUUGUUAUGGAAGGUUUGGGAAUCGCUUCCUUUUAAGUAGUUAUAGAAUUUAACGGCUCUUUUCUGGAUUUUGAUAAUUAGCGGGUAUCGGCCAAAUGCUGCUCUGCAUGCAUUAUUUGGUGUUUUACGUUGUACACUGAGGAUAUUUUUGCAGAAUUCUGCAUGCAGAGUCUCAAUUUGGUGUUUGUCCCAUUUUGUGAAUUCUUGGUUGGUGAGCAGACCCCAGACCUCACAACUAUAAAGGGCAAUGGGUUCUAUAACUGAUUCAAGUACUUUUAGCCAGAUCCUAAGUGGUAUGUUGAAUUUUAUGUUCCUUUUGAUGGCAUAGAAGGCCCUUCUUGCCUUGUCUCUCAAAUCGUUCACAGCUUUGUGGAAGUUAGCUGUGGCGCUGAUGUUUAGGCCAAUGUAUGUAUCUUUUUUUGUGGGCUCUAGGGCAACGGUGUCUAGAUGGAAUUUGUAUUUGUGGUCCUGGCAACUGGACCUUUUUUGGAACACCAUUAUUUUUGUCUUACUGAGAUUUACUGUCAGGACCCAGGUCUGACAGAAUCUGUGCAGAAAAUCUAGGUGCUGCUGUAGGCCCUCCUUGGUUGGGGACAGAAGCACCAGAUCGUCAGCAAACAGUAAACAUUUGACUUCAGAUUCUAGUAGGGUGAGGCCGGGUGCUGCAGACUGUUCUAGUGCCCUCGCCAAUUUGUUGAUAUAUAUGUUGAAGAGGGUGGGGCUUAAGCUCGCCCUAUGGAAAGAAAUGUGUGUGUUUUUUGCCAAUUCUAACCACACACUUGUUGUUUGUGUACAUGGAUUUUAUAAUGUCGUAUGUUUUCCCCCCAACACCACUUUCCAUCAAUUUGUAUAGCAUGCCCUCAUGAAAGCUUCUUUGAAAUCAACAAAGCAUGAGAAAACUUUGCCUUUGUUUUGUUUUGUUUGUUUGUCAAUUAGGGUGUGCAGGGUGAAUACGUGGUCUGUAAUUUGGUAAAAAGCCAAUUUGACAUUUUCUAAAUACAUUGUUUUCGCUGAGGAAAUGUACGAGUCUGCGGUUAAUGAUAAUGCAGAGAAUUUUCCCAAGGUUGCUGUUGAUGCAUAUAAUAAUAAUAAUAAUAAUAAUAAUAAUAAUAAUAAUAAUAAUAAUAUAAUAUGCCAUUUAGCAGACGCUUUUAUCCAAAGCGACUUACAGUCAUGCGUGCAUACAUUUUUGUGUAUGGGUGGUCCCGGGGAUCGAACCCACUACCUUGGCGUUACAAGCGCCGUGCUCUACCAGCUGAGCUACAGAGGACCACAUACCCAUGGUAGGUAUUGUAGUCAAAUUUGUCUCCACUUUUGUGGAUUGGGGUGAUCAGUCCUUGGUUCCAAAUAUUAGGGAAUAUGCCAGAGCUGAGGAUGAUGUUAAAGAGUUUAAGUAUAGCCAAUUGGAAUUUGUGGUCUGUAUAUUUGAUCCUUUCAUUGAGGAUACCAUCAACCCCACAGGCCUUUUUGGGUUGGAGGGUUUGUAUUUUGUCCUGUAGUUCUCUCAAUGUAAUUGGAGAAUCCAGUGUGUUCUGGUAGUCUUUAAUAGUUGAUUCUAAGAUUUUUAUUUGAUCAUGUAUAUGUUUUUGCCAUUUGCUCUUUGUUAUAGGGCCAAAAAGAUUGGAGAAGUGGUUUAUCCAUACAUCUCUGUUUUGGAUAGAUAACUCUUCGUGUUGUUGUUUGUUUAGAGUUUUUCAAUUUUCCCUGAAGUGGUUAGAUUCUAUGUAUUUAAUUACAUUGAGCUUAUUUCUGACAUGCUGUUCCUUCUUUUUCCGUAGUGUAUUUCUGUAUUGUUUUAGUGCUUCACCAUAGUGAAGGCGUAGGCUCAGGUUUUCUGGGUCUCUAUGUUUUUGGUUGGAUAGGUUUCUCAAUUUCUUUCUUAGGUUUUUGCAAUCUUCAUCAAACCAUUUCUUUGUUUGUCUGCUUUAAAUUUUUAGAUUUGAUAGGGAAGCUGAGAGGUCAAAUAUACUGUUUAGGUUUUCUAUUGCCAAGUUUACACCUUCACUAUUAUAGUGAGACAUUUUGUCCAGGAAAUUGUCUAGAAGGGAUUUAAUUUGUUGUUGACUAAUAGUUUUUUGGUAGAUUUCCACACUACAUUCCUUCCAUCUAUAGUAUUUCUUAAUAUCAUUCAGUUCCUUUGGCUUUGAUGCCUCAUGAUUGAGCAUAGCUCUGUUCAAGUAGAGUGUGAUUUUGCUGUGAUCUGAUAGGGGUGUCAGUGGACUGACUGUGAACGCUCUAAGAGACUCUGGGUUGAGGUCAGUGAUAAAGUAGUCUACAGUACUACUGCCAAGACAUGAGCUAUAUGUGUACCUACCGUAGGAGUCUCCUCGAAGCCUACCAUUGACUAUGUACAUACCCAGCAUCCGACAGAGCUGCAGGAAUUGUGACCCGUUUUUGUUGGUUAUGUUGUCGUAGUUGUGUCUAGGGGGGCAUAUGGGGGAGGGAAUGCUGUCACCUCCAGGUAGGUGUUUGUCCCCCUGUGUGCUGAGGGUGUCAGGUUCUUGUCCAGUUCUGGCAUUUACGUAGCCACAGACUAGUACAUGUCCCUGGGCCUGGAAAUGGUUGAUCUCCCCCUCUAGGAUGGAGAAGCUGUCAUCGUUAAAGUAUGGGGAUUCUAUUGGGGGGAUAUAGGUAGCACACAUGAGGACAUUUUUCUCUGUUGAGAUCAUUUCCUUAUUAAUUUCUAGCCAGAUUGAAUAGAGUGGGUUAGGUCUGCUCUAUACCAAAUUAGCAUACCCCCUGAGUCUCUUCCCUGUUUCACGCCUGGUAGUUUGGUGGAUGGGACUACCAGCUCUCUGUAACCUAGAGGGCAACCAGUUGGUCCGUCUCCUUUAUGCCAUGUUUCUGACAAUGUCUGUAUUUCUGAUUUCUUUGAUGAAGUCCUGGGUUCCUGCUCUUUAGGCCAAAGGCAGAUGACCUCAGACCUUGUGUAUUUCAGGAUGAGAUAGUAAAAGCUUUGUGUUCCAUAGUGUCUAGUGUUGUUUAUGUGUGGUUUAGGCCCGGACCAUCACUGUAGGUGUGAGCAGAGCAUGUUGAGCUCUGCAUACCUCUUAGGUCGCAGGAUGAUGCUUGGGCGGGUGUAAUAGUGGGGGUUGGGCCUGUUGCUCUGCUCACGGCCUGGGCAUAUGUCCUUCUGUCAUGUUGAGAUCCUUGCCGCAGGGGGCAUGGGGUGGGCAGAAGGGGCAUAGGUCUGAUAUGGGUGGGGCCUAUAUAGGGUGUGGCCAGGGUUUGCUUGGAGUGGUCUUAGCUGGUUGGGGUGUGGCUGGUGAUGCUGUGGUGUGGGUGUAGGUCCUCUUGGCGUGGGUUCUCUCGGUGCAGGUCCUUCAGCAGGGGGUCUUGCAGGUCUGGGAGGGUGUCUCGCUGGUCUAGGUGGGGUGUCCGUUGCUCCUGUGUGAGGUGCUGGGGCUACGGUUGAGGGUGACGUCCUUCAGGGUCCUGGCAAAAGUUGGGAUUGCUGCCUUGUAGAUGUGGACCUGGUCGUAAAGGCUGUUCAAGUCCAGGGUGGAGUGGUUGGCCAGGUAGACAUUAGGUUUUGGGGCACAGUCUCGCGAAAUGCAUGCAUUCACCUGCUGUAUGGUGGCAGGGUGAAAGUAUUUUUGUGGUAGCAGGGUGGAGAUAACCACUUGUGCGUUGGGGAAAGUGGAAGAAGCUUUUUCAAUCACUCCCUUGAGUGCUGUGGCCACCCUUUCCUGCUGGGCCCUCAGGUAAUUUGUGCCCGUGUGAAUUAUGAUGUGGCUGGGGGACCAUAGUCUGUCCUCUGACAACAGCUCCAGGGCAUGCCUAGUGUUUGGGCACCAGAGUUUAGCCACUUUGUGUUUGGGAAAAAGUUUAUCCUCUUGAAUGUAUUUGCCAUUUGAGUCUCUCUCUCUCUCUCUUUCUUGCUCUCACUCUUUCUUGCUCUCUCUCUCUAACCGUAUCUGAUUGGUCUGUCUCUGUGUGUCUGGUCCAAUAGGAGCUCCAUGCUGACAUCCAGUCUCAGUUCCUGCCCCAGAUGCUUGGCCGCAUGCUGCAUGCGCUCCGCACCCACAUGACCUGUCUGGACCUAUCAGAGCUCAAACAGGGCCUGCGCACCUGCUUCAAGGUGCUCAGUAAGAUCCAGAUGCCCGUGGCUUAUAUGGACAUGGAGGUGGAGUCACAGACACAGAAAGUGAAGUCACAGACACAGGAGGAGAGCUUCGAAUAUGUUCCGGUCAGUGGCUGUGUGAGUGUGUGCAGUGGUUCAGAGAAGCUGUGGCGUAUGGAGAGUAGAAGGAAAAUGGGAGUUAGGGAUGCAGCACUACAAAGAUACUUCAGAAUGGUCAUGCCCUCAGGAUGAGCUGUCUGGUAGGUGACCCGUCUGAAUGAGGGAAAACAUUCCUGGCAGGGUUAGCUCCUGGUCAGGCUGUCUCUCAUGUACUGUCCUGUACUGUACUCCUCUUGUCUUGAUGUUAGAUCCAGACUGUACACAGGCCAAACAAUCUUCUAAUUUCACUCUCCAUGCAGAUGUAAUUGGUUUUGGCCAAGGUCUGGAGUCCAGCUGUAACACUGGCCUGUCUGUCUGUCACAUAGACACAGCUCCCACUGAUCUUUUAGCUUCCUUCAGUCACUGAAUGGCUCGUGAUGGGAUUUCUCCGUAAGAAAAAAAAUGAUAUUUUUAGAGUUUAAGGACAAGAAGACGGUUCUCUAACUGUCCUUUAAGGUCAUACCACUCUCUCCCUCAUUGGUGGUAUUCUGGUUGGAACAUACAUUUUCUCCCCUUAGAUACAGGACAUGGAGAGGGACGAGGAGGAGGAGGAGGAAGAAGAGGGCAGUCGGAUCAACAGUAACCAUGACAACACAGAACCAGAGGAAGAGCUGAAUGGGGUUGUGGAGCAGGAGACUGGCCCAGUAGAGGGAGAAAGCACCUUCCCGCCCCUUCGGUCUGAAGACAGCGGAUUGGGCCUCAGCGCCUCACCCUCGGAACUGCACCUCCUACCAGGGGCGGGACUGAGCCCUGAAUGGGCGGGGAUCGUGAAAGAGGGCGAGGGCGUGUGGAGGAAGGGAGGCAGUGUGGAGACCAUGACCCAGUGUCUGCUGGAUAUACUAGCCUUCAUAACCACCAGGUAGAGAACAUGAUCACAUCUGGAAAACAUUUAACACACAAUCAUCAAGCACAGCAUGCACCAAUCAAAACAACUUGAUCAACUCUCUCUCUCUUUCUCUUUCUCUUUCUCCUCCCAGGUACCUGCUGGUUCAGGUGGAGGACGUCAGGGGGCAAGAGGAGGCUGUACAGCCCGACCCCGCUGCCCUCUCCCCUGGUGGGAAGACCUCGUUCCGAGAGGGCCCUCAGAUAACCACCACCCAGAUCAAAGACAAGCUAGCCGAGCUCUUCACACCCAACAAACACAAACCACGCUCUUCCUCUGAUCCCUCUGUCCCAGACCGCCCUGUCCCCCCUACAGAGAAGAAGAAAGGAGGAAGGGGGAGCGGGAGGAGGGGUGGACUGGGGGGCAGCCUACAUGCCCCGGGGCAGGGCGGAGAUAUCAGAGGAGUGCCGCCAGGCAUUCACGGCAGCAUGCCACCUUCUGUUGGAGUGUACCACCUUCCCCCUUUACCUGAGUGAGGAGGAGAGCCAGGUGCUCUACAGUGACAUGUUCCACCAUACAGGUGAGGUCACAGUAUACACUUUUACACAAUAAUGGUUGUUUACCCAUACAGGUCAGUCUAUACACCUCUACACAAACGUACUGUAGUUAGUUAGGCGCACAGUAGUCAUGCAUGUCAGACUCGCACAAUUUAGUCCACAUAGGGGAAUUUGUUUAACUCUACUAAAACAACAUCGUUAACCAUACAGGUUUACUGGGGUGCUGGUUUGUCUAUUCAAAUUAAAAGCGUAGCUUAAAGCUUUAGUGUGUACUCCUACUCCUAACAUGGCUUACUAACAGGGUUGAAUUGACCACUUUAUGAUGGUUAAAGUCAGCAUACUGAUAUGCUUUCAUGAUCUUGACUAAUUUGAACUCAUUGAAUGGGAAGUAACCAAAAUAUUGUUUUGUUUUUUCUCUUCAGACAGUGACGUGGGCAGCCUGCCUUUGUGGCUGAGGUCCUUGAUGACCCUGUGUUGCCUGUCGAGGGACUACCAGGUGCAGCACACAGCUGUGUCGUCUCUUCUGGAGCUCAUCAACCACUCCCAGUCCCUGGCCCUGGUCAUCCAGGACAAGACCAGGCGCUACCAGGCCAGCAACGCCAACCCCCUGAGCGGGCGGCUGCAGAUGGUCACUGUGCCCCCCAUCUACCCAGGCCUGCUCAGCGCCAUCGAGCAGAGCACAGACUUCUACCAGGUCAGGAAAUCAUGGUCUACCAUGGCAGGGGGCUUGUAUUACUGCCACAUGAAGAGGGAACAUAAUAUGAGGGGACCUAGCUGGUCCGACGUGUUACUGUAUAAUAUGAUGAAAUGUGUACAUUUCCUUAGUGAAUGUGUCAUCUGUUUCUCCCUGUACAACAGCAUCAUCACCUUUUUUAUUUCUGCUGCCUAUUACCUAACCACAUCAGGAUAAUUAGUCGUCUGAUGCUGCUGCGUUAAGUUGAUCCAAAUGAACACCAAUCAUCAUCACCUCUAACAUUUCACCUUUCACCUUUGUGAACCCAUGCAGCGGGUGGCCCAGGUGCUGUGGGGUCAGCUGGAUGUGGAGCGUCGAGAGCAGCACACCUCCUGUGUGGACCUCUUCUAUCGGCUCCACUGCCUGGCCCCCUCCGCAUCCAUCUGUGAGGACAUCGUCUGCCAGGCUUUACUGCACAGAGACAAGGUACAGAGCACGCACACACACACACACACACUAACAAGAUUCUACUGUAAUAUCAAGACACUAAACGCCUACAGCAAAGAUCCAUCCAAUACACCUAACGCAUUUAAACAACACCCCAGUUUUACAUAUACCCACCUAACAUAGGAACAAAUAUUCUAGGCUAAAUUCAUGUGAUAAAACAAACAGUAAGUAAUCCUGUGUGUUUAACUACCAUGUAAAUUAUGUUGGUGUGUUCCCUCAGGCUGUACGGUUGGAGGCCCUACACAGGUUCUCAGUGCUGUGGCACCUGACCAGGGGGAACCAGUCAAACCGGACCAUGUCUCUGAACCGCUCGUUUGACCGGUGAGUACAGAGCUGAAGUAUGGUCAGUGGUUGGUCUCUGGGCCCAACAGCAGUUUGUGGUGUGGUCCCCAGUGUAUUAUGUUUCAUGACUCUACUACCAUGGUGAACCUGUUGUCCUUUCCUCAGAUCGCAGAGAUGGUCUCUCUCUCUCUCUCUCUCUCUCUCUCUCUCUCUCUCUCUCUCUCUCUCUCUCUCUCUCUCUCUCUGUCUCUGUCUCUGUCUCUUUCUCUCUCAGAGCACUAUUUAAGAUUCUGCGUCUGUCCCUCAUCUCCCUAUGACUGACUCUGUGUAUCUCUGUCCCAGGUCUCUGUGCGUGGUGGUGGACUGUCUGAACAGCCCAGAUGGUUCUGUGAGUGCUGCAGCCCAGUGCUGGCUGGUCAGGGCUCUCUCCCUGCAGGACGUGGUCCGCAUCCUGGAGCCUGUUCUGCUGCUGCUGCUCCACCCCUCCACCCAGCGCUACACCAUCCAGAGUGUCAAGCAGAACCUCACUGCAGGUACGUGUGUUCUGGAGUCUUAUGUUGUGAUAAUUGGAGUGUUUAGGGAUGUUGCUCUCCUAGUGUGUGUAUGUUUUGGUAGACCUUUUUCUCUCUGUAGGUCAUCUGAAAGGUUUAAACAGCAGAAGUCAAAGCACCACCAAGGGUUCCACGGACGCCAGCACCCAACCAGAUGAGGGUACACUGGGUCACAUGAUCCUGGUGGACCGGGAGGCCCUGUGGGGGGAACUAGAGCGUGACCCGGAGACGACCAUUCCAGCGGCUGACUCCACGGGGGUGUCUUGCAGCGAGAGCGAAGCCACAGAGGGGGAAGACGAGCUGGGGGAAGAGGAGGAGGAAGAGAGCGAACACACCGAGUCAGCUGACACCAGUGGUGCCCAGGUCUCCACGGAGAACUCCAGCUCCGCCCCUUACGGUUGUAGCGUAGAGGAAGGAGGUGUGGUCAGCUGCCUGAGGAGGGUGGAAUCGGAACACACGCAGGCGUCCGAUUCACUGUCGAGCGAGGAGGAGGAGGACCUGGAGCUUGAAGCCAUGGCUCGGUCGCGUCUCCUCAAACAGGAGCGUGAGAAGCGGGAAGUCAUCGACUCUCUGUUCCGCCAUGUUCUGCUGUACUCUGUGCCCGGCGGCUGGCCCCGUCUGCUCCAUGGGCUGGCCCUGCUGGACAGUCUGUUGAGGAGCAGCGCCCAGCGUCCUCUAGUGGACGCCCUCUCCUCCACCUCCCUGGACACAAGCUCAGCCGCCCACCUCAACCUGGUCUCCAACCUGCUCCAGCGCCACCAGCAGGCCCAGGACGGAAGAGGCUUCCACGGACGCCUGCUCUCGCCCACCUCCUCGCCCUCCAUUCCCCCCUCCUUGCUCAUCGAGCUGCUGGUGUCCCUGUGCCUGAGGUUCCUGCAUUCCCACUACCCGUCCUACCUCACCCUGGGCCCCAGGGAGCUGCAGGGGAACAGGGAGGUCCAGGUGAAGAGCGUGGGGGUGCUGACCCGCCUGGUGACCCAGCUGGGCUGUGUGGCGCGGGGCCAGGGGGACACCUCCACCCAGGGGGAGGCUGGGGUCGGCCCGGAGGCCAUCCGCAAGCUGCUGGCCGGGUGUAAGGUGCAGCAGUACGCCCUUCUCACCCUCUCAACGUCCAUGUACAUCAGCCAGAGAGGGGUGGAGAAGGACUCUGCCGUGGGGUGUCUGGAUCUGUUAGAUGAACAGGUGGGUCUGUCUGAGGAGAGCCUGGUGAAUCUGGGAGGGGGAGGGGGACAGGAGCAGUACCCCUUACAGAUGGAGCUGCUCAAGCUCCUACAGGCCCUCAUCGUCCUGGAGUACUACGUGUGGCCAGGGGGGUCUGGUUCAACCCCGCACCCCGAUGAGCCCCGUGACACACCUGCAGCUAUCCCUUCCUCCUCAGCCCUGAAGCGGGAAUGGCAGACAGGGAUUCUGUUCCAACAGUCCAUCAAGGCAGCUCAGUAUGUCCAGACCCAGCCCAUCACAGCCCAGGGGAUGUUUGUGUCUGCUGCAGCCCGGGCUCUGCAGCCGCAGUACGGCUAUGCCAUGCACCCCCACUGGGUGGCGCUGCUGUGCUCGUCUCUGCCCUACCUGGGGCGCUCGCUGGGCAUCAUCGUGGCUCCGCUCAUCACCCAGAUCUGCAGGAACCUGGACGAGCUGGUCAAACAGUACGAUCACGACGGGGGGAAGGCUACACAGAGUAGCAGGAAGGAGAACAUCGCUCCUGAUUAUCCCCUCACCCUACUGGAGGGACUGACCACACUCACUCACCACUGUCUACUGGACAACAAGAAGGUGAGGCGCACACACACACGCACUGCUGAUUUGGCGACAUGUAGGUGGAUCACUCUGCUACCCACUUGGACACACAUGCAGAAAACAAUGAUGGUCUAAAUGUCUCCAUCCCUCCCUCUCAGUCCCUGGUGGCCUGUGACCCUGCAGACGUCCGGAACGCCCGCAAUGCUGUGAUCGAGGAGCUGCCGCACAUGCUCAGUAGCAUGGCUCUGCUGUGGGGCGUGGUCAAGAAGGAGGAGUCCCAGAGGAGGGGCUCAGACUCCACCCAGACCACCAGACACGCCUCCACAUCCGUCUACUUCAGGAGCUCCAAGGUAUGCCUGUGUUUAUGUUUGCGUGGGAGUGUGUUCUUAUGGGCAGUAAGUAGUGCUAUGAUAUGUAUUGCAUGUGAAUUUGUGUGUCACUCUGACUGUACUUGUGUGUGUAGAUCCUGAGGCAGCGUGUGUUGGAGUUCCUGACUCCUCUGACGAGGCAGUACGGGGUACAGCUCAUGGCCUCAGUGGGAGUUGUGUGGAGCAGCCGGAGGAGCAAGAGACACUCCACAAACAAAGUGAGUGUUUUAAAACUGAAUUAUUGAGACAUACAUACAUACACACACACACACACACACACACACCUUCUAACACACAAAGUAAUGCCCCCCCCCCCUCUCUCCCUGCUAUCUCCUCCUCCUCUCUCUCUCUCUCCAUAUCUCUGUAGAUAUUGCCUGUGGCCAGUGAGUCUCAUCUGACCAUCGUGGAUCUGGUGAAGUCCCUGGGAACGCUCCAUACGGACAACAUCCUGCAGAUGGUCAAAGAGGUGGUAAAGAAACCCCACCAGAUCAAAGGAGACCAGGUACACACACACACACACACACACACCUACCUAAAGAUGUGACUGUUUAACCCAGAGAGAAAUGACAUGGUGGUAAUCUGAAGGUCAUAGUUGAUGUAACCCUUUUGUCUCUUUUUCGUCUGUGUGGCAGAAGUCCACCCUGGUGGACACCCCCAUGCUACAGUUCAGCUAUGCCUACACCCAGAGGUAACAAACAACGACAUCAACACAGAGAUUAGUAAUACACUUCAGUUCUUGCCUACAUGUGAUAUUAUUUAACAAUGUUUCACCCCCCUCCUCUCUGUGUGUGUGGUAGUAUUCCAGCUCAGGCGCUCAUGGAGAACGUGGCGCCCCUCCUCAGUCUCCUCAGAGAAUCUGUGCAGCUCAACCUGGCCCCGCCCGGACACUUCCUGCUGCUGGGGUUAGUCAUCAACUUCUUAUCUGUCUGACACAUGUACUAAAAUGUUCUCUUGAUGUCCAAUGUCCAGAAACUGUUCUCAGUCGUUGAUCACAUAACAUAUGCCAUUUAGCUUUUAUCCGAAGCGACUUACAGUCUAAUGGUCAUACUGAUUUGUUACUGUAGACAUUGUUCCCAGCAUAACACUCUCUGUUGUUUGAAACAAUGUAAAUGUUAUUUCCAAACAUAAGUAGUACAUCCCACAUCAAUAGACAUGCUUUGGUUUGAUACUGUAUCAGAAUCAACAAGAUAUUAUUGCACUCUAGUCUACCAAUCCAUAACUGUACAGUCAUCUUUCUCCACUCCUACCACAGGAUCCUCAAUGACUUUGUAAACCGGCUGUCCAACCUGGACAGUAAGAAGGACACCAGGGACAUGCAGGUAAGACAUGGAGCACAGUAGCAUACCCUAGUACAUACCCCAGUACCCCAGCUGUAGCCUAAUUUACACCUUCCUCUUCCACGCCAUCCGCUCGGUCCACUGAAUGAAAUGAUGCAAUAUCCAACGUCCGCUCAUGUCCACACCGAAAUGUGUGGACUGACCAGACUUUUAAUUAAAGCGAAAGGCCUAAAUUAAGCUUUAGUGUGAGAUUGAGAGGGUACAGUGUGAGAUGCAUGAUAAUGAUGGUUACCAUGGUGAUGUCCUGUAGGAGGUGACCCAGAAGAUCCUGGAGGCAGUGGGCGGGGUGGCUGGGUCGUCUCUGGAGCAGACCAGCUGGCUCAGCCGCAACCUGGAGGUCAAGAACCAGCCACAGGUGUGUCCUGAGACCGAGGAGCCAUCCGACGAACUGGACCUGGUCCUCUAUGGUAACCACACACACACACACACCUGGAGACAUCCCUGGCUUCUAUCAGGAACAGACUGAAGCCUAAUUUACACCUUGUGCUUCUAGGUGCAAUAUCAAACGUCCACUCCUGUCCGUACAUGUCUGCACUUUUCCAGGACACUUUUCCAAGGAGCUGCGGAUGGAAGUGGACGUUCAAUUGACGUUCGAUUGAAGCGGAAGGUGUAAAUUAGGCUUAACCACAUGUCAAAUUCAUUCCACGGGGGGCCUAGUGUCUGCGGCAGGGUUUCUCAAACUCAGUCCUCGGGACCCCAAGGGGUGCACAUUUUGGGUUUUGUUAAAUAAUCAACUAAUCAUCAAGCUUUGAUAGUUUUAAUCAGUUGUCUAGUGUUAGGGCAAAAAACAAAACGUGCGCACCCCUUGGGGUCCCGAGGACCGAGUUUGGGAAGCGCUGGUCUGCGGGUUUUUGCUCCUCCCUUGUACUUGAUUGAUGCAUAAUAAUAAUAAUAAUAAUAAUAUGCCAUUUAGCAGACGCUUUUAUCCAAAGCGACUUACAGUCGUGCGUGCAUACAUUUUUUUUGUGUAUGGGUGGUCCCGGGGAUCGAACCCACUACCUUGGCGUUACAAGCGCCGUGCUCUACCAGCUGAGCUACAGAGGACCACAUGCAUUAAGGUCAAUAAUUAGUAAAGAACUCCCCACACCUGGUUGUCUAGGUUUUAAUUGAAAGGAAAUACCAAAAACCCACAGACACUAAGCCCUCCAUGGAAUGAGUUUGACACCCCUGUCCAAAACCCUCAGGGCAUGCUCCUCAGUAACCAUGGCAACCAAACCCUGGCAUCUAAUGUACGUUCCACAUCAUUAGUUAAGAAAAGCAAGAGGGCCCACCUCGACCAACAGUCUCCUCUCCUCUCGAUCCUCUCCUCCGCUCUCUUCAGGUCUACAUUAGAGUAGAUUGAGAGAGACCACAGACUUAUACUGUAACCAUGGAAACACAGCACAUCCUCACUAUGUCCCCCAGCAUAGUGGUCCAGUGAAGAAGGACACUCUUCUCACAAAAGUGCCUCUCCUCUGGUGUUACCCAUGUCAACUUUAGUGGAACUAAGCGCCCUGCAGCGCCGCUGGGAGCAGUGCACCCAGGAGAUGGAGAUACUUCCCACUACCCUGAGGAGUUUAAACCUUGGGUCGGUCCUCAGAGCAGGCACUGGAGAAGAAAGUCAUACAUAUUCAUGAGUAACAACUCCCUUCUGUUCCCAUCUCCCUCUUUCCUUUUCUACUCUCUUUUCUCAGUUUCUCCAGACUCUGAAGCUCAGGCCAGCACUAUGGUGUCUUCCUCAGCCCCCUCUGUGUACAGUGUACAAGCUCUAGCGCUAUUGGCAGAGGUAAGUGUGCAGAUCUGUGCACCUAUGGCUCUCACGCCUAUGUAUAUGUUUCUGUGUCUGACAGACCCUCCUCCUCUGUAGGUUCUAGCCCCUCUCCUGGACAUGGUGUAUCGCAGUGAUGAGAAGGAGAAAGCCGUCCCUCUCAUCUCUCGCCUCAUGUACUACGUCUUCCCCUACCUGAAGAACCACAGUGCCUACAACAUGCCCAGUUUCAGUGCGGGUGCCCAGCUCCUGAGCAAUCUGAGUGGGUACGCCUACACCAAGAGGGCCUGGAGGAAAGAGGCCUUCGAACUCUACAUGGAUCCCCUGUUCUUCACCAUGGACGUCUCCUGUGCCCCCCAGUAAGAUUGUGUUUGUGCAUGUGCUUGUGUGUGAGUGCGUACAUGCGUGCCAUGUAAAUAUUGACAAAUCAAUAUUAUCAAAUAAAUUGUUAAAAGAAAACGACUGUGUUUGACCUCUCUUGACCUCUGUUUUCUUUAGCUGGAGAUCCAUCAUUGACCACCUGCUGACCCAUGAGAAGACCAUGUUCAAAGACCUCAUGAGUAAGUAGAGUGGGUGUGUGUGUGCGUGCGUGCAUUUGUACGUGUGUUAACUGUGUGUCUGUGUGUGUUGCAGGCAUGCAGAGCAGUUCUCUGAAGCUGUUUCCCAGUGUAGAGCAGAAGCCCAUGUUACUGAAGCGUCAGGCCUUUGCCAUGUUCAGUGGAGAGUUAGACCAGUACCACCUCUACCUGCCCCUCAUCCAAGGUGGGUGUGCUUCUUGUGUUUCUGUGUAUUUAGUAUUCUUUGUGUGUGUAUUGACAAAGUGUGGAGACCAGUGUUUCUCAAUCCUGGUCCUGGGGACCCAAAUGGGUGCACUUUUUUAGUUUUUGCCCUAGCACUCAAACACCUGAUUUAAAUAAUCAAAGGCUUGAUGAGGACAUGAUUAGUUGAAUGAAGUGUGUGAGCGCUAGGGCAAAAACAAAAAUGUGCACCCCUAUGAGUCCCCAGGACCAGGACCAGGACUGAGAACUACUGGUGUAGACCAUCACAUUUUGGAAAAUAAACAUUUGAUAGAUAAUGUGAGAGUGUGACAUUGAUUAACAUUUUAUCAGGCCAAUAUUAAUAAUUAAUGUACAGUAUAAUGUAAUACUGGUGUCCUAUCCUCUCUCCUCCUCCUCCUCCUCCUCUCCCUCAGAGCGGCUGACAGAGGCUCUGCGUAUUGGUCAGACGUCCUCCGUUUCUGCUCAGAUGUUUCUGACGUUCCGUGUUCUUAUGCUGCGGAUCUCCCCCCAGCACCUCACCUCCCUCUGGCCAAUCAUGGUGACAGAACUGGUGAGGAACAACCCCCACCCUGAUGACAUCACUUCCUGUCACUGAUUUCCUGCAGGGCCAGGAGGAUACCAGUAUCGCAAUACUUGUUAGUAUAUCAUGGCAAGGAAACAAAUCACAAAGCGGAUUUAACUCCUUUAGGAAAACAGCCCUAUUGUUUGAAACAAACAUCAUUAUGUUGUCAUCCAGUCACAUUUGUUUAUUUUCCAAGCUAUAUCACACAAUAUUUUACAUACAGCAGGUUUUUAAACGACCAAAGAGUUUUGUCUGCUUUGUGUUUUCUUUUUUGGCAUGGAAAAAAUAGUGCGAUACUGGUAUCAUCACAGUCCUAAUUUCCUAAUUUCAAUGCAUGUAUACACUGUAGCUACAUACAUUGUUUUCAGCAGGGAGGUGGCAUGUCAAAAGAAACAGUGUUUGGAAGUGUUUGUCCAGUCCUGUCUUCUAAUGGUGUCUCUGCUCUCUGUUUGUCAGAUUCGCACAUUUGUUCGUCUGGAGAAAGCCUUGUCGGAAGAAAAAGAGGUGUCCAAGUGAGUCCAUGAUUACUCAGUCUACUCAAUUUAUCUACAUGUACUGUAGACACAUCAAUGUAUCUGUCCAUCUCUCUAAUAUGUAUGAGACAGUCUCUCAUGUGAAUAUCACAACCAUGUUUCAUUAAAUUGUCUAAUGUAUUUUUCUCUGUUCUCCUUCCUCUUUUCUUCUCUGUGUCAGGUUGACUAAAGUGGUGCGUGGGGCCAUGGGGAAUGGGUCAUUGACAUUUCCCCGGCCAGAGUUGGACAUGUACCUGUCUGCCUGCAAGUUCCUGGACACCGCCCUGGCCUUCCCCCCAGAGAAGAUGCCCCUCUUUCAGAUGUGAGAGCCUCACCCUGCUUAAUAUCAGCUUAGCAUCUAUAAAGGGUGUGCUUAGCAUGAUUACAAUUAAAUGAAAUGUUCUCUGCUCAUGUGUGUGUGUGUGUGACUAGGUAUCGCUGGGCCUUUGUUCCAGAGGUGGAUAUGAGCCGCUACAGUGGCCCAGAAAAUAGUCUCCUGGAGGGAGAGCAGGAGUGCAAACCCCAUGUUGUCAAAGUACUAGAGGCACUACACCAACGCUAUGGGGUAAGAGAACGCACACACCACUAUAGAGCAAGAGAACAUGUCCUUAUAUUCACCAUGAUAACGACCUGACUCAAUUAUGCGGUCCGCUCGUCCCAUUCUGUUGAUGUCAUGUCAUGUCCUGUAAUUCCAGGCGCUGAACGAGCUGUACGAAGAGUCGUCUACGGAGCGUCUGGAGUUCCCCCUCCUCACCCGUCGCUCUCUUUCCUCCAUCACCCAGCUGGUUCCCUUCCUCCGUACACUCUGCUGUUCCUUCCAGGGCACUUCACCCAGCAGCCCUGCAGACUACCCUGUGGCAGACUACCCCACAGCCAGCGCCCACCAAGUCCUGAAGAGACUGGAGCACAUCACUGAGGGAGAGUUCCUGGACUCCAUGGAGAGUUAGAUCUCCACCAAGGUUCUAAAGCUUAGAACGCUGAGGAAAUGAGAACUGGAACUAUAGAAAUGGAACGUUUUAGAAUGGGCACAAUCACUGAAAGCGAUGUUGUAUUGUAGGCGUAUGCCAGCUAAAUUGCAAUCUUUUGGGAUGUUCUUUUAAAUAUUGAAUUGUUUACUUUACCUAGUUGAGUCUGAACACUCCAUGUCUAUGUAGGAUCUUCUACAUUUGAUAUACCGGUACUCUAAAAUAAUCUAGAAUUAACUGACACAAACUGGAACGGAGUGGUAGUUAUUGGGCUCUCUGAGUACAAGUCUGAAUGUGCUGACUUAAAGUAAGAGUAAUACUGAUACUACCUACAGUAGCUUUUAGAGGUGACACUGGUUGUAAAAGAAGCACCACUGUAACAAAGGGAGUGACAGCAGUACUGACUACUGAAUCCAUUCCAUCGCUCCAUAAACCUGUUCUGACUGUCAGAAUGUAAUGUAUUCCAAUGAGACAGGA